AUGGGUCAACGCACAUUCUACGGCGGACCCAUCCCCGUCGAGAAGGGGCCACAAUCGUCCCGGGUUCGGCAGUGGCACAGCAAGACUAGAACGGGGUGUGACACCUGUAAGCGCCGCCGUGUUAAAUGCACCGAAGAACGCCCUGUCUGCAGGAAGUGUUCCCUAGGAGGGCGCGACUGUAUUUAUUUGGAGCCACCUAAGGCCAAGCUCUUUGAACCGAAGACCGUCUCCCCGUCUCAAUCGUCACCAACAGCCUCCCUGACGCCACCUGCUGAGCCUGAAGAGCAGCGCGCUCUCCAGUUCUUCAACGAGAAGACUGCGCUGGCCAUGGCCACCUUUACCGACUUCACAAAAAGGUUCUGGCAAUCUGCAAUACCACAAGUGGCCGCUACCGAACAUUCAGUACGCCACAUGACUAUUGCACUUGCUUCUCGUCAGGAAAGGAAUCUCGUUACAUCCAGCUUUGACUCAUCCCGCCUGGAACGUAUGGAAAACAAACAUUACGCUCUUGGCCUAUCCGCACUGACGAGAAACACCACAAUAGGCGAUGUCGAGGUUAUCCUGCUUGCUGGGUCGCUGUUUAUUGCUUAUGGAAAUUUUGAGCGUAUGGAGAGGCAAUCCGCCCAGGAAUUGAUGCAUAUGGGCAGCAUAAUCAAGAUUCUCCAUCAAUACGCCGCCCGUCCAGGUUCAAAGCACAAAUCCGACAUCAUCGACAGCUAUAUCACACCCAUGUUCGUCCGACUCGAGCUUAUCUACUCUCUCUUUAUGAUGGACCAACGCGGAGCAGAGUACAAUGUGAUUGUUGAGCCUUUGGAGCCUGAGAUGCCCAGAAUACUCUCCAGCCUGCUACAAGCUCGCCAGCUGUUUGUCUCGAUAUGCUGCUAUCGCCAUCAUGCGAAAUUUCGAGGACAGGCGUGGCAUUAUGGAUCACCAAGUUUCCUUACAGUGCGGCAACUGUUCCUGACUUGGCAUCGCCUCGUGACCACCUAUCAAGCGGAGCUCUCGAGUACUUCGGAGGCCGAACAGCAACGCAUUCUCAUAAUGCUUUCACAGUUUCGCCUGCUCUACGUCGCCUUCGUCUACUCGGCACGUAUUGACCUCCAUAAAAUAGAGGAGCACCUGCGGCCAGCCCGUGUCGAGCUCCUGGAGCCGGAGCAAGUGGUCAUGCGGUACGAUCUUCCUGGGCGGUACGUACGUCUGUUGGCAGGGUUGGACUGGGAGUCAAAGCCGUGGGAGGAUCCUAUGCAGGUGAGACUGUGGCCCGUGGCUGAUAUUACCCACGCUCGUGAGGAAUCAGCAUCGAUGACGCUGAAGUUCUAUGUAUGA